CUGCUCAAAUCUAUCCGGUACGGUGUUGUUAGAGUGAGUAAACUUCCAAGCUGAAUGAUGGCGGCCGCAGUGUCCGUUAGCGCAGCUGCCAGAAAAGAAACCCCAGCAGAGCUCAAUUUUACAACCCGUCCACUUCACGAAAGCUUCGACCCCGCCGUUGAGCACGAAAACUUGGGGUUUGAUGACUGCGGGGAUUCUGAACUCGAGGCGAAUGACGAUGAUUCAGCCACGGGGUAUGAGUGUCCACGAAGGGUCGACGAAGAGUUGACAGCACUUAGCCCUGAAGAGAUUGAGAGUCGUUUGGAGAGAACACGUAGAGAAUUUUAUAAUCGUAGAAAAAUAAUCAUAAAAAACCUGCCAUCCGACGUCAGUAAUCAGGAGGUGCAUGAAAUGUUGAGCAAUUAUGAUCUCAAAUACUGCUUCGUGGACAAAUACAAGGGAACAGCCUUCGUCACACUGCUCAAUGGGGAGCAGGCGCAGUGUGCCAUCAAAGAGUUCCACCAACACUUUCUGCGGGACCGGGAGAUUUCUGUGCAGCUGCAGCCCACAGAUGCUCUGCUGUGCAUCGCCAACCUGCCUCACGCCUUCAGUCAGCAGCAGUUUGAGGAGCUGGUCCGACCGUUUGGCAACCUGGAGCGCUGCUUCCUGGUCCACAGUGCCUCUACUGGCCACUCCAAGGGCUACGGCUUUGUGGAGUACAUGAAGAAGGACUCGGCUGCCAAGGCCAAGUCGGAGCUACUGGGGAAGCAGCUGGGCUCUCGUAUGUUGUACGUCCACUGGACCGAGGUGGGCUCGCUCACCUACCCCCUGCUGCACUCCAGGUGCUUGUGUGUGGACCGCCUGCCUCCAAGCCUGCUGACGGCGCAGGACCUCCGCAACGCCCUGGCCGACACGCACGCGCCCAUGUUCUGCCAGUUGGCUCAGGGACAGGACGGAAGUUUCAAGCGUUUCGCGGUGUUGGAGUUUGCCACGGCGGACAUGGCCGAGGAGGUGCAGAGAACGACGGACUCGAGGGUCUUGGGCGGCACCCCCAUCAGGGUCUCCUUCUGUGCCCCUGGACCCCCUGGGAGGAGCAUGUUAGCCGCUCUCAUUGCUGCCCAGACUAUGGCUCUGAACCGAGGGAAAGGGCUUCUCCCAGAGCCCACAGCCAUGCAGAUCCUCACGGGGCUGAGUAACCCUGCCACCCUCAAGAUGCUGCUCAACCCCAUGACCCAGGGUAGGAAACAAGGUCUCCUCGGUGCAGCUCCCACAAUGCCCCUCCUGGCCAACCCUGCCCUUUCUGCAGCUCUCCUCCAACUCCUUCUCCAGAACCAGGCCCAAGUCCAGCAGCAAGCCUUUUUAGGGAAUCAUCUUCUCUGGGCUCAGGUGCUGCACAAUAAAGAGAACCGCCUACUACCUUGUGCAGGACUGAUGGGGGACAACCCUCUGGCUGCUUUGCCUCUCCAGCAGGGACUCCAUCUGCUGGGAGACUUGGCUCAAGGAGGUGUAGUUCCAGGUCUCAACCUGCAGACUGACCCGCUGGGCCCCAUCAAGCCCUCUUCUCUGGGAAGAACGCUGGGCAGGGAGCAGGACUCCCCCACAGCACCAUGCAGCUUUUCUCAAACCCCCUCCCCCACCCUGCAUGGCCUCUCCAUGCCCCUCCUGGGGGGCAUGUUGGGGGCAGAGGGCCUCACAGCACCCACGCUAUCUAUAUUGGGAGAUCCACUUAAAGAUGUCAAUCUCUCCCAGAACCUCUUUCUCAAUGCCCAGAGCCUGUUCCCCUCCUCAGGCGCGAGCUGUCGGCCCCAUCCCUACAGGAAGAGACCGACGCUAGGCAACGCGUCCAACCAACGCGCAACUCACAGCAUCCACUCCAACUACAGCUUGCGUUACCAGGAGUCCUACACCCCAGAUUACCAUCCGCUGCACCAGGACCCUCUGGCACACCUGUACGAGCAGCAGGAGGUUCUGGAGACCGGGGCUCUGACAGGGUUUGGACAGCAGCGUUCCUAUCAGGCUGGGUUCAGUGAGCUCUCCUCCCCCUACAGCUUCCCCCCCAGCCCGCCCCUGUCCUCCUACUUCAGCUCUGGGCCUGGAGGCCCCGGCCCUGACGGCCUCCCCUCCAGUCAUCUCAACAAGGCGGUUGGAAUGCCUCCUGUUUGCCACAACAGUUACCCUCCUGGUCUAGAAAAUGGGAUGAAGACUCCAAUCGGUGGCCACAAGCGCCUGUUUUCCCAUCUCAUCCCCUCGCCAGAGCCAAGCCCUGAGGGCGCCUACGUGGGCCAGCACUCCCAAGGCCUGGGGGGUCACUAUGCUGACUCCUACCUGAAACGCAAGCGCAUCUUCUAACCCAAGCCAAACCCCCGCUUCCUGUACCAAGUAGCCAAUCAUUUCCCAGGCAAUCCCUUGAGCUAAACCAAUCAGUAUGGUUAGCUUGGUGGUCAAGUCAGCUUUCAGCUGUGAGCUCAUGCUAGCAACCCCUGGAGGGCGCUGUGUGGUGCUGCUGCCUAUCGCUAUUGGGACAAUUGCGCACCAGUCAAUGGGAGUUUUGAUGUGUUUCUGUACAUAUGAUUUCAGUGUGUUUGUAAACUAAUUUUAACUUUUUAUUUUUUAUUUCUUUUUAUUUUCUGGAAACCCUCAUGUUGAAUACUAGCAUGAUCUUGUGUAAUCAUCGUAUAUGAGCUCAUUUGAAUUGAGUCAAAAUAUUCCCUUUGGUCAAUUUAACCUUUUUCAACCAUUUUUUUUUUUCCUGUUGUGUGAUGGUGUGUCAACGGGUUUCCUUCAUAUAUAUAUUUUUUAAAUCGAUCCUCCCAUGUUUGUGGAUAUAGUUAAUUAGUUUGUUUGAUGGGAUGGUGAUUCUUUCUUUCUACUUCUACAGUGGUAUGGGUGUAUACUCUGGACAGGAUUCAGGCCUCUCUCCAUGGCUUUGUAUAGAACUGUUUUGCAGCUGUACUGCUGUCUUUUUUUUCCUCCAGUCCCUGGAAACCAAAGCUUGCCUCAUACUUUCAGCCUUUUUACUUUUCACUUGUUCUGUCCCUGAGUCCUGCCCCUCCAUCUUGUUUGUUGGUAAUCUGCACCACCUGAGUUUGUGUUGCACUUGGAAGGGCGUGUGACGUGUGCUCAGUUCUCACCUUUCAUGUCGUGUCUUUUUUUCAAAGCUGUUCUCACUUGUCGUUUUGUGCAGAAGUUAUAUGCAGAGGGUUUUGUGUCAGCAGAAGUUCUUGCCAGCUGAAACUAUCGUUCCAUUGUUUUGGUUUCAUCACCACUGCACUUGAUUUGCUCUAGUAAAGCAAGGAGUUAAGGGUGCACUGUUCUGCUACUAUAUAUAUAAAUAUAAUAAUAAUUCCCUCGAUUCACUUGGUUGCAACCUUGACCUUAAUUUUACUGUUACAACUGCCAGGGUCAACCUCCCAUGACAACUCCCUCCUGCAUACCAGUAGAGGGAGUAGUUCAUGAUGGUUGGGGGGUGGGCUCAGAUAAAAUGAUAAAUAGCAGUUUGGCUUUUCUAGCCAAGUACAUGACAGUAUGGAUGACAGACAGGGCCUGUGUUAAAACUUUAUGAAUAUUUUCUUUUUUUUUCUUUUUCCUCCACUGAAUGAUGACCUUCCAGCCACCCAAUCAGUGGGAGGUGUUUGUGAAGCUAGCAGCAUCUGAUUGGUCUGUGAUGAAGUUCUCAGUCUGUGAGUGUGUGUGUGUGUGUGUGUGAAGAAUAAUCUGGUUGACAUUUUGAUUGUGAAAACCCAUUACCUCUGAUUUUAUGGGAACUGCAAUUACACUUGAGCCUUAAAAGUAUUUUCUGUAAUCUCAUUUUGCCUAAAUUUACUCAUUUUCUUUCCGUUAUUUGCUGUGUACAUAAGAGUGAUUUCUUCGGAGUCUCAAUCUCUUGUUUCUCAAAUAUAUCUGCCUUUUGGUCUGGUGUUUCUGAGAUUGAUACUGCUGCUCAUAGUUUGUUUGUUUGUAUGUUUGAGGGAUUUUGUAUAUGACCAAAUGCAGCAUCAUGGUAAAUUUACUUAUGUUCUGUCUGGCCCAAGAGUUGCUGCUGCUGCAUAAUCUUUCAAUUCAGAUUGUCUAUUGGAAUAUUCACAACUGCCAUGUCAUUAGUCAUCUAUUGCCAUACUUGUCUGUGUGUGAUGUGCUGUUUUUGAGCAAGUAAAUGUUAUUUAAAUUCA